CUGGAUGUGGAGAGGGGAAGCAGGAACAGGCGACGAGAGAGGGAGAGGGGGGAGACAGGCAGGAGCGAAAAAACACACUGUAACUACUCCUCGCUCUACAACUGAAAUAACGGAUUAUAUACCUACUGCUUACGGCUUCCCCCGCCGGUAAAGUUAGCGCAAACCUCUCGGACGUCCCCUGGAACAAGUCAACCACCAGAACUAGGACGUAGUUUUCCCCUUUUCAGUAACUUGGAGCAGUGGAAAAGAAGAGUGACCUACUGCCACUAAACUCGUCGCCACACAGUCACAUGGAGUGAAUGUGGAAUAUUUCCAGGAUUGCCUACUACACCGAAUAUGACCGACACCUAGCAGCAGCAGCAGUGUCAGCAGGGAAAACCAUGGCGACGGCCUACCUAGACCCCAACCUGAACCAUGCCCUCCUGGGAGGAGCCAAAUCAAGGCUGAGCGCGGGGGGGUCGGACCGAACCAUGGCCGGCUCAGUGGACAGGGUUCUUAAAGUCUACCACCACUUUGAGACCAACACUGAAAACAGCUGCUGGUCCUCCAACAUCAGAUAUGGCGAUGCAACUGAUGUCAGAGGAAUCAUCCAGAAGAUUCUGGACAUUCACAAAGUGCGCUGGACGUCUUGUUUUGGCCUGCGUCUCAGCAACAGCCAAUCCAGAGACCAGGUGCACUGGCUCCACCCCGAUAUGGGUGUGUCCCACAUCAGAGAGAAUUACGAACAGGCACGACCAAACGAGGAGUGGAGGUAUGAAUUAAGGAUCCGGUAUCUUCCAAAGGGCUUUGUGCAGCAGUUUAUGGAAGACAAACCUACACUCAACUACUUCUACCACCAGGUGAAGAAUGACUACAUGACAGAGAUUGGGCAUCAGGUAGAACAAGAUGUAGCUCUCAAGCUGGGCUGUCUAGAAAUCAGGAGGUUCUUCAAGGAGAUGAGGGGAAAUGCCUUGGACAAGAAAUCCAACUAUGAACUACUGGAGAAAGACGUUGGUUUGAGGCGUUUUUUCCCAAAAGACCUGUUGGAUUCAGUCAAGGCUAAAACUCUUCGUAAGUUGAUUCAGCAGACGUUUAAGCAGGUAGCCAACCUCAACGAUGAGCAGUGCAUCCUGAAGUUCUUGGAGAUACUUGCACCAAUUUACCGCUACGACAAGGAGUGCUUCAAAUGUGCCCUCGGGUCCAGCUGGGUGAUCCAGGUGGAGUUAGCUAUCGGGCCAGAGGAAGGGAUCAGCUACCUCACUGACAAGGGAUCCACGCCCACCCAUCUAGCUAACUUCAACCAAGUUCAGUCUAUCCAGUACUCGGCUAUGGAGGAGAAGGACAGGAAAGGGAUGCUACAGCUCAAAGUAGCCGGAGCUGCUGAGCCUCUCACAGUUACAACAGCAUCAUUGACCAUGGCAGAGAACUUGGCUGACUUGAUUGACGGUUACUGUCGGCUCGUCUCCAUGGAAACUCAUUCCCUCAUUGUCAGAGUUCAGAAAGAGGGAGAAAGAGCACUGCCUUCCAUCCCAAAAGUGUCCAAUAAUGAGAAAAAGUUAGAAGCAGUCAGGAGUGGAGUAAGAGCUAUCUCUGUCUCAGAAGAUCUUAGCGGGGAUGAGACUGAUGACUAUGCAGAGAUAGUUGAUGAAGAGGACACAUACACCAUGCCCUCCAUCAGCUAUGGAGUAGUUGAAGCACGGGAUUAUGAGAUCCAGAGAGACAGGAUAGAGUUAGGCCGCUGUAUAGGAGAGGGUCAGUUUGGAGAUGUACACCAAGGAGUCUACAACAGCCCGGACAAACCAGCUCUACCUGUCGCCAUUAAGACCUGUAAGAACUGUACAUCAGACAGCGUCAGAGAAAAGUUCCUACAAGAAGCAUUAACAAUGCGUCAGUUUGACCACCCUCACAUCGUCAAGUUGAUCGGAGUGAUCACAGAAAACCCUGUGUGGAUUAUCAUGGAGCUUUGUACUCUCGGAGAGUUGCGUUCAUUCCUUCAGGUGAGGAAGUACAAUUUGGAUUUGGCCACUCUCAUUCUGUUUGCCUACCAGCUCAGCACAGCACUGGCAUAUCUGGAGAGUAAACGCUUUGUACACAGGGACAUAGCGGCACGCAAUGUGUUGGUCUCCUCAGUCGACUGUGUGAUGCUCGGAGACUUUGGUCUGUCACGAUACAUGGAGGACAGCUCUUACUACAAAGCUUCUAAAGGUAAACUUCCUAUCAAAUGGAUGGCUCCUGAGUCUAUCAACUUCAGAAGAUUCACUUCUGCCAGUGAUGUCUGGAUGUUUGGUGUGUGUAUGUGGGAGAUCUUGAUGUUCGGCAUCAAGCCUUUCCAGGGGGUGAAGAACAAUGACGUGAUUGGCAGGAUAGAGAACGGCGAGCGAUUGGCUAUGCCUCCUCAGUGCCCACCCACACUCUACAGUUUGAUGACCAAAUGUUGGUCGUAUGACCCCAGCAAGCGACCGCGAUUCACCGAACUCAAAACACAACUCAGCACCAUACUGGAGGAAGAAAAGCUUCAACAAGAGGAGAGACUUCGAAUGGAGAUGAGGAGACAAGUCACUGUGUCCUGGGACUCUGGAGGGUCCGAUGAAGCGCCGCCUAAACCCAGUAGACCAGGUUACCCCAGUCCUCGUUCCAGUGAAGGCUUUUUCUCCAGCCCCCAGGUCAACCACUUCCCGCUGUCAGCCCACGGUGGUAUAGGAGGAGUAGGUGGCAGUUACCCUCCUACUGAUUCCUGGAAUCAACACAGACCUGAACACACAGCCCUGUGGAGCCCUAACAUGGAGGACAGUGGAUGUGUAGGCCACGCUAUGAUGGAGGAGAGGCUGAUGAUGCAGCAGCAACAGAUGGAGGACGACCAGCGGUGGCUGGAGCAGGAGGAGAGCUUCAUGAAGACAGAGUCUAGAAACAGCAGAGGAAGCAUCGACAGAGAGGAUGGCACACUACAAGCACCGCGGAAUGCUGACAUUGCCUGUGGGAAUACAACUGUGAAUGUGGAGGGAGGAAGCCAACAUAUCUACCAGCCUGUAGGGAAACCAGAACACGUGGCUCCUCCUAAGAAACCGCCCCGCCCUGGAGCUCCUGCUCACCUGGGGAACCUGGCAGGUCUCUGCCCCAUGGACAGCUACAACGAGGGGGUCAAGCCGUGGAGGUUGCAGCCGCAGGAGAUCAGCCCGCCCCCCACCGCCAACUUGGAUCGUUCCAAUGACAAGGUCUAUGAGAAUGUGACAGGAUUGGUUAAAGCUGUGAUCGAGAUGUCCAAUAGGAUUCAGCCUGCAGCCCCGGAAGAGUACGUCCCAAUGGUCAAGGAGGUGGGUCUGGCGCUGAGGACUCUGCUAGCGACAGUGGAUGAGACACUUCCUGUGCUGCCAGCCAGCACACACAGAGAGAUUGAGAUGGCCCAGAAGUUGUUGAAUUCAGAUCUGGCUGAGUUAAUAUCGAAGAUGAAACUGGCCCAACAGUAUGUCAUGACAAGUUUACAAAAGGACUACAAGAAACACAUGCUAAUGGCAGCUCACGCCCUCGCAGUCGACGCCAAGAACCUGCUGGAUGUCAUCGACCAAUCACGACUCAAGAUGAUCAGGAUUUAAUCAAAACGAGAGGGGGUGUGGCCCCGGGAGUUUCUGUUGCUGUGGAGAUGGAGAAGCUCUCGGCCAAUCACAAAGAGAACAUUUAGAUGGAUGUCAGUGACGGACGGAUAAAAAACAUGAACUGAUGGACAGCAGACAUGACUGAGGGAAACUAUCGCCCCCCUCUUCGCCUCCCUUAAACAUUCACAGUUUCCUUUUUCCUCUCUCUCUGGUGACGCUCAUGUUUUGGGUCAAUAUCUGUUGUUUUGUACUUUUGUUGCAUUAUUUGCUUUUUGUAUCCAGAGAAACGCUCUUCUACCCCAUCACGUAUCCUCAAAGAUGAGGUUUUUUGUUUUUUUUUUUUAAAUCAUCCAUUAUUUCUUUUUAAUUUUUAAGUGAAUCAAACAAAGGUUUCAGAGGACUGCAGAGAUGUUUCGGAGAAGGGAUGCAUCGAAAUCUGCCACAUAGACACGACUAACUCGCUCCACAUAUGCAGGAUGUAACAACUGGAACUGAAGAGCCAGGAUGAGGACGAUAAUGAAGAUGAUAUGAUGAUGUUGUUGUUUAAACAUGCUUUUUAUAUCAUUUUUUUAUUAUUAUUAUUAUUAUUACUAUUACUAUUUUCAGCCUUGAGUCUCACAGUAUGUCACUGUCAGUGUUUCAGUCUUCCUCUUACAUUGUAUAGGCAAAAGUCUGGAUUUACAGCUCCUCAUAAAUGUCAUAUUUUCAUCUCUUUUUUUCUUCUUCUCUCUUGAUCUCGGACAUCAAGAGAUGGCAUACAAAUGAAAUAUGAAAGUAAAAUUUUGAAGAACAAACUAAAUGUCACAGGCCACUUUUUUAAGUUAACAUCCAUAGUAAAUACACAAAGAAGCUAUAUUUUUAACAUGUUUCUGAGGCAUGAAUUGUUGGUGAAUAAGGGGAGAGGGAAGAACAUGUGGAAGUGAAGGGAGAGAGGUGGAGGGAGGGUGUUUUUUUAAAUUACAAUGGAGGUGCUAAUUAUACUGUACAGCAGGUCACCCUGUGCCAAAUGAACUGCAGUUGACUAAAAAGGAUCAUUUCACACUUAAAUGCUCUGUCAUUGGUUUACUCGCCUGUCAUUUUUGCAUCUUUUUCUUCAGAAAUGUCAAAUUCAUGUUGGUUAGUUUAAUGCUUGCUUUAUACAUUGAAGGCUUGCUGUGUUGUGGCAUCCGUCAUGUUGUGGGUUCCUUCUGUCCCAUUUGUCUUUACACAAAUGGUCACUCGACAAGAUGCAGUGCAAGCUUUCACUUACACCCGCUUUGUCAAAUUUCCUUCGGUUUAAUCGAUCCAAGAAAUUGGAUUUUCAGGGACAUCUUCAGAGUAGAAUUCAACGUUAAUAAUAAUCUGUAAAGCUUUUUAGGGGGUCGAUUACAGAGUUUAACCUGAACACUUCCUAAAAACAACAGCGACAGAUACACACCGAAAACGCUCUUUAUCUCUCCUCCAUCAGUCCUCCUGUUUUCAUGUCUACCUCCCUCCACUGGAGUUAUUUAUACCUUUUACUCCCCUCUCUUCUCCUGCUCUGUCACCCCUACAUUUUCUCCCUCUGUUAACCAUCCCUCCCUGCGGCUUCCUCUCCUCCCUCUCUGAUUCCCUCUCCAUUCCACUGUUCCCUUUCCCCUGAGGUGAGCAGUAUUCUCAGGAAGGAGCCACAUGUAUAGUUGCUAAACCAAGCAAAUAAAACACUGUUAUCAUUAUGAAAUA